AUUCCAAAAGCCGUCAUUUUAAUUCCACAUGUAUUCGCUCAUUUAUUUCCUACCGUUUUGUUUCUCAUCUCUCCUCCCCCAUUGUAUGCUUUGCAAAAACUGUUUAAGUUUCCCGUAGUUUUCUACGAGAAAUGUCAACAUUAAACGGAAAGACUGCUCUUGCGUAUGCACGAGUAUGGCAACACAUUUCAGCAAAAGGGCUUCCAUUAGGAAGAACAGCUUCACAAAUUGCAAUUGUCCUUAUGGGAAAACAUAAACCCAUGUAUCAUCCCGCUUCAGACUGUGGUGACUAUGUUGUUGUCACGGAUUGUGACCAAAUUGCGACUACGGGCAGAAAAAUGGAACGAAGCAUGUACUAUUCACAUUCUGGCAAACCAGGACAUCUAAAAUCAUGGACGAUGAAAGAGAUGGCGGAGAAGAGGGGAAAGAAAGAACUUUUGCUACGUGCAGUCUCAGGCAUGCUGCCCAAAAACCGUUUACGGGACAAACGAUUAGAGCGUUUGAAACUAUUUGAUGGACCAGAAAACCCGUAUCAUGAGAAUGUAUUUAAGAACUAUCUAAUGAUGUAUGAAGAAAAAGUUGCCGACAAAGGAGAGAGAGGCACAAAUGACGAAGACCGACUAGGAUGAUUUUAUUCCCCAUGGGUCCCUCCUAUACAUUUUUGUUGAAAGGCUUCGUGAUAUUCCACUGCUAUUGAACAAAUUCAUCAGUUGCAAACUUGCCCAAUAUGUCGACUCCUAAUCUCCCUGCCGCAAAUCUUAACUCAGGGCGGGAUUACAUUACAAUGAACUAAUAAAGUAUUUCCAUCUAAACUACCAAAAGCACUUCCCCUCAUGGUUCUUAGGAACAAGUUCCGCCCAACUUCCCGCUUUACGUAAGCCGAAAACAAGCCGAAAUGAUACGAAAGUGGUUAUCGUUACGAUUCCAACAGCAGGAAGCAUCAUAUGUCCCGUGGCUACAUCAUGAGCGAAGCCGGCUGCCUGAUGCGGAUGCCGUUACCUUCACCCGUGCGAAUGAGAAUAAUAUGCGAUUCAAGAGUAAACAAAUUGAAUUGGUUGCUCAUCGCACUUGGCGACAAAAUGCGUCGGCUUAGAAGAUACAUGAGAGAAAGAGAGAAAUGGAUGCGACAAGAGGCGAAUGUAAGUGUGAAUAAAAAUGACUCGAAAUAGAGUUUCAGUGAGUCGCUUUACAUAUUUAUUUUCAUGUUUUUUAUGGACAAUGUAAGUUUUUUUUUUUUUUUU